AUUACAUCCCCCCUACCGUGACUUUUUUACACACCGAUAGUUAACCCUCCGUCCAGCCAUAGUUGAUCAUCUCUAUCGUAUCUAUCAGCCACACACCACUAAAAAGAUCCGACUAUUUGCUGCAGUGGUUGAACAGACAACCAGUGGAGACGACGCACUAUUUCUAACCAGCCCGAGAACGCGACACGACAUCAACUUCAACUAUUGAAGCGUCCAUCGUGCAGCUUCGGAGAAGUACUUUUGUUGUGGUCCCAAUUAUUGGACCUGAAAGAAUUCAUACCUUGCCUCCUACUAGGGCUACUAAGGUACCCGAUAAGGGAUCCAUUUUAGUUGAUCUGCGCCUUUGUUGCAGUCUGACUCACCGCCCCCUAUCCGGGACGUUCAUUGGCCGAUCUACUCUCGCCGGAAACAGUAGGUCUGCCUGAGUCACAGUGGAAACGGACGAGUCAUCGUCAGUCUGGGCAUUCGAAACUUGAGCUCAUAAGCACAUCAACAUCCGGAGAUUGCGCCAUGGGGUCCUCUUUUUUCCCCACAACCUCCUCAACCUCUACCACUACUACUUCUACUUCCUCUUCCCUCACCUCCUCCUAUCACACUUCCUCACCCAGUGCUUACUUUACUUCCCUCGCCCGGAGGCGUCAACAAAAGAAAAUGAGUAUCACUCAAACAUACUACCUCGCCCAUGCCGCCCGCAAGAAGCUCACCCGGGAGGCUUCUCGGGCGGACCAUGACUUGCGCCUCUUGGUUGGUCAUGCCAACCUCCUCGACUCCUUGAUGCUGGAACUCGCCGAUGCCGAACAAGAGCAAGAACGUUGGUUUAACCAGACCGUCCACGGCGUGACCAAGGGCUCCCCAUCUGAAUCCCGUCACAUCCAAUGGGCCGAAAGUGUGGUGGAGGAUCCCGAAGAUGACUGGGAUCCGGAAGAUGUUUCCGACUCCGACCUGAGUGACGAUUCUGACUUGGAGGAAGACGACUAUGAACCUGCCUACACACCUGUUCGUCGGCGCGCCCCAUCGCCAGUGGCCAUUGUUCGAGAGAAAGAAAUUGAGGAAGACUACGACUCCGACUCCGACUCGGACUUUGAAUACGAUGAUGCAGAGGACUUGGAGGAGCUUACUUUGACCCGUUCUCCAUCACGACAGACUCCACCAGAGCUGUCAUCCGAUUCCGAUGAGGAGUCCGAGGAGGAAUCGAUGCCUCCAUCCCCCCCGCAACCCACACUGGACACUUUCUCUGAGAAGCAAGCCGAAGCGACCGAACUUCCACUGUCGGGAAAUGGAUUUGAAGGCGGGUAUUACGUAUCGAACGGCUCGCAGAAUGCGAUUAUUGAGGCCUACUAAACGCCCUCGCUGAUUGACGACUGCAUCGAUGUACAUACCCUUCUUUGUGAUACCCCUCCUACAUUCUUGGGUUUGGUUUUGGAUUUGUUUCAAGCGAUACAUUAUUUCAGCGGGUACGGCGUUUGGGCAACACAGAAAAAAAUUAUCUUCAUUGUUGGCGAUUGUUGCAUUUACUACCUGGCAUGGUCUGGACUUACUGGCGUUCAGACCUAACGUGCCUAAAUGGUUGGGCAUUGUUGGAUACUCUACUCUCAUAUGGGGCUUUUGUUUUAUGUUCCCCACUUGCUGGCCAGGCAUGGUCCUGUGCCCUUAAAUGUCUUGACGACGACGAUGCAUAUCAUAUACCUUAGUUAGAAUUAUAUAUAGUUUUUCGCAUCAAAGAAAUAUAUAGAUAAUACUUCUUCUCUCU